CAAAACCCUCUCAAACCCGCUGCUCUUCCUUCCGUGUUCUCCCUGCCCCCCUCGCCGGGACCUCCCAAACCAUCGCAAGAAUCACGGCCGCCAUCGAUGGCGACGCCAUCUCUGGUUGGCCUGAAGCGGAACUACCGGUGCGUCUCCUCGCUGCAGCAGUUUUACAGCGGGGGCGCCUUCGCCGUCUCCUCCGACGGCUCCUUCCUCGCCUGCGCCUGCGGCGAGCAGAUCAAGGUCGUUGACACUGCUGAUGCCUCCGUUCGGGCGACCAUCGAGGGCGACUCCGAGGCCGUCACCGCCCUCGCCCUCAGCCCCGACGACCGCUUCCUCUUCUCCGCGAGCCACAGUCGUCUGAUUCGCGUCUGGGACCUUUCCUCCCUCAAGUGCAUCCGUUCUUGGAAGGGACAUGAUGGUCCAGUGAUGGGCAUAGCAUGCCAUUCUUCUGGCGGAUUGAUUGCUACAGCAGGGGCAGAUAAAAGGGUCUGUGUCUGGGAUGUGGAUGGUGGCUUUUGCACACAUUUCUUCAAAGGUCACCAAGGUGUUGUGACGAGCAUUGCAUUCCAUAGUGAUCCAAACCGCUUACUACUUUUAUCAGGAAGUGAUGAUGCAAGCAUACGAGUUUGGAAUCUUGAAAGUAAAAAGUGUGUUGCAGUGAUGGAAAAACACUUCUCGCCGGUGACUUCCUUGGCACUAUCUGAAGAUGGACAAACUUUGCUCAGUGCUGGAAGAGAUAAGGUCGUGAAUAUAUGGGACCUGCAUAAUUAUAUCUUUAAGAUCACAAUACCGACAUAUGAGAUGGUGGAAACUGUUUCCGUUAUUCAAUUGGGGACUAGCUUGUCAGCUUGUUUGGGCCUGUCUGAAUUGCCAGCUGGGAAGAGAAAAGCAAGUAGUUCGCCAAUUUAUUUUUUGACAGUCGGUGAGCGUGGAAUUGUACGCGUGUGGAACUCAGAAGGUGCAGUUUGUAUGUAUGAGCAGCAAUCUUCAGAUGCAACUCUUAGCUCAGAUGAGGAAGACUCCAGAAGAGGAUUUACAUCAGCUGUGAUAUUACCGUCGGAUCAAGGAUUGCUCUGUGUUACUGCCGACCAGCAGUUUCUGUUUUAUUCCCCUAUCAAAUCUGUUGAAGGGGAAUUUGAGUUGAACCUGUGCAAACGUCUUGUUGGUUAUAACGAAGAGAUUCUUGAUAUGAGGUUCUUGGGUGGAGAUGAACAGUAUCUUGCUGUGGCUACAAAUUUGGAACAGGUGCGAGUUUAUGAUGUUGCAUCCAUGUCAUGUGCUUAUGUAUUGUCAGGGCACACAGAUAUUGUUGUGUGCCUUGACACAUGCAUUUCAAGUUCAGGGAGGACACUAGUGGUAACUGGAAGCAAGGACAAUAGUGUGAGAGUGUGGGACAUUGAAAGCAGACAUUGCAUAGGUAUUGGUAGAGGCCAUAUGGGAGCUGUUGGAGCAGUUGCUUUUUCGAAGAAACGGAAGAGUUUUUUUGUUAGUGGCAGUUGUGAUCGUACAAUUAAAGUGUGGAGUAUGGAAGGUGUUGCUGAAGAUGCUGAUCAGGAGAUUGUACUAAAAGCAAAAGCUGUUGUAGCUGCACAUGAUAAAGACAUUAAUUCUCUUGCUGUCUCCCCGAAUGAUAGUCUUGUUUGCAGUGGUUCUGAGGAUCAUACUGCUUGCUUAUGGCGGCUUCCCGAUCUGGUAUCUGUAGCUGUACUUAAGGGGCACAGGAGGGGAAUUUGGUCUGUGGAGUUCUCUCCAGUAGAUCAAUGUGUAAUGACAGCUUCUGGUGAUAGAAGCAUAAAAAUAUGGGCUGUUUCUGAUGGUUCAUGCUUAAAAACAUUUGAAGGCCAUACUUCAAGUGUGUUACGAGCCUCAUUUCUUUCACGUGGAACCCAGUUUGUUUCAUGCGGUGGUGAUGGCUUGGUCAAGCUAUGGACAAUCAAAUCAAAUGAGUGCAUUGCUACUUAUGAUCAACAUGAAGGCAAGGUUUGGGCAUUGGCUGUUGGCAGGAAGACAGAAAUGCUGGCUACUGGUGGUACUGAUGCCAUUGUUAAUUUGUGGCAUGACUGUACUGCUGCAGAUAAGCAGGAAGCCUUUCAUAAAGAAGAGGUUGCAAUAUUAAGAGGUCAAGAACUGGAAAAUGCUGUAUCAGCUGCUGAUUAUAUAAGAGCAAUUCAACUUGCAUUUGAACUUCGAAGACCGCAUAAGCUCUUUGAAUUGUUUUCACAGCUAUGCAGGAUAAGAGACACUGAAGAUCCAAUAGAGAAAGCUCUUAGUGGUCUUGGGAAGGAAGAAUUGCGAGUGCUUCUUGAAUAUGUUCGUGAAUGGAAUACAAAGCCCAAACUAUGUCAUGUGGCACAGUUUGUGCUUUUUCAGAUUUUCAGUAUCUUUCCUCCAACUGAGAUUAUGGAGAUCAAAGGCGUUAGUGAACUCCUCGAGGGCCUAAUACCGUACUCACAGAGACAUUUCGGCAGGAUUGACAGGCUCGUAAGAAGCACUUUUUUGUUGGAUUAUAUUCUAACAAAAAUGUCUGUUAUAGAUCCUGAAACUGGCACAUUGCCAACAAAAGCCGAGUCUAUGUUGCUCUCAGAAAAUGAUUUGAAAGUUGAACAAGGGUUGCCCAAAAUCAACGAUCAAAUAGAUCAUACCUAUGAGAGUGGUCACAAUGAUCCAAUUCUGGUCUCUGAGAUUGAGGAAAAGGUUGCUUCCAAGAAAAGAAAAUCCAGGAAAUCAAAAGGAGGCUCACUGAAGAAAGUCAAGGUGGCUUCACAUGAGGAUGGCUCUGUUAUUUCAGUGGAGGCUUAAUUUUUUUUUUCCCCGGCUUGCGCACCCCUUUGUUCACGAGGCUCAGAUGCCCUGCAUUGUUGUACUAUUUAGCUUUGCGUGCUUUUACUUUUUCCUUUUCCUUUUAAUGUUUUUGUUUCCUGACAAAAUUGUACAACUUCUGGCCAGCAAUUUAUUGCUCUGGACUGUAAGCUCAGGCACGUUUGUAGAUCGUGAAAUUGGUGGGUGACAGAUUAUUUGUUUUAAUGUUAUACCAUUGCUUUUACUGUUUCA